CAGGCUAUAUCGUACCUUCAUCGGCGACGAGUGGCGCACCUUGACAUUGCCACACAGAACAUACUGCACCCUUCUCGCCCUGACACCAGGUUCGGGCAGGAGAUUGUUGCGAAUAAGCUCUACCUCAUCGACUUCGAGUUCUCCGAGAUCUUGGACCUCGGGCCCGGAAGACAGCCGGCGAUAGAGCUCGAUCCGUACUCGUGGGAUGUGUAUUGCUGUGGAUGGAUCAUGCAAGGAAUGCUGAAGUUCUACUUACAAGGCGCGCUACCGUGGCAUCUGCGAUGGUACCUCUCUUGGGUCACCGGAAAGCAAGAACAGGGAUGUGCAGGGCCUUGUCGCUGUCGACCUACCACUCGGCGUGCACUUCUGGUGCUU